GAUUCGGAAAGCAAUUUGAUUGAAGUUGUUGUGACGGAGCCGGGCGGCGGCGGGGCGCGAGCCUGUCUCCUGCGGAGCCGCGCUGCUGCGUCCGUCUCGGGUUUAGUCGCUCCGACCGCGAACAGCCGCGCACACGUAGCGCCUCCGCGCGACACCGGCUCAAUGCAACACGCUCGCCGAUAACGCGCUCUAUUUGAACGUAACAAUCACUCUAACUGCACUAUUGAACCCAUUCACACUUACUACGGACCAUUAUUGAAUUACGUUUUACGACGUUCCAAAUUGUAAGAUCGGAGCGGUAGUUCCCAAACCGGCUCCGUGACCAUAUGAUCCGCAUAACACUAGAACUGUUGCCUGAUUUCCGAUAUCGGUGGGCAGUCACGAUGUGGAUCUUUAGCUGAAGUGCACACUGGAUUUUGUUUAAGUGGACGCAGAUGGAAGUGACUGUAAGACUGUACAAGUGCCUGUGAUUUUUUGUGACACAAUAGUGUUGGAGAUGUGAAUGUUGACGUGGAUUUGAAUGUAUUUGUGUUGUUAUUGAAUAAGUGCAAUGGCUGGUGCUAGUGAGGAGGGUGGUGGCGUGGAGGAGAGCACGCCAGGCUCCACGGUGGAGGCUCGCAGCAAGCGUGGCCUGAGCGGGUCCAUGUCGCUGCGUACGCGCAAGCUGGGCCGCCGCCUCUCGCGCAGCAUGUCCAUCGUAGCGCUCAAGUUGCCGGAGAAGGCGCAGAGCAUCACUCGCUCUUCGUCGAAGCUCAUGAGAUCUGGCAACCGAGACAAGAAGAACAGAUCCUUUGAGCUCUCGAUAAUAUUGCCAGAUAAAACCCAAAAACAGGUGACAGUUUGGGGCAAUAACACGGUAGCAGAAAUCCUUUGCGAGCCACUGAACGAGCUUGGAGCAGUGUUGGUCGGUCUGCCAAGUGGGCCACUGUCAGCUCCUCAGACCUUACCUCUUGGAGGGUCUGUCCCUCUCCCGGACUCACCUCCGCCCGCUCCACCCGAAGCUCUGCUCUUCCUCGGAGGCUCCAAAGCUCCAGUGGAACCCAGAGCAUCAGCGUCAGUAUUGGAAGGAGAAGUACUAGUCGUGGAAUACCAACCACCGCAAUGGGAUGGCCGGGAUCUGGACACAUUCAUUGCUUGGGAAAAGAUUUAUGCUUCAACUCUGUUCUCGGCGGUCGAGUUAUAUGGCAAGCCGCUCCUCCGGGCCGCUGUCAUUACUAAGGAGGAAUAUCAUCUUCUAUUUUACUUUUUGGAAUCUGUAUCUGAGGCUAGCGAAGCUCUCACAGAACGCAUGAGGAAAUAUAUUGAUUCCGGUUUAUUGAUAAGCGAUCUCAAACAAGAAGAUGACGAUACGAGCCUCUUAGAAAAAUCGAUAAUCGAAGAGGACCCCAAAAGUCAAAACUCAAUUUUAACCGAAUUGAUCCAGGAAGGUGUAAUAACACAACAUGAUGUUGACACAUCUUCAGUGAUUACGAAUUCUGAAUUCAACGACUCAAAUGCGACUGACAAUCGAAAAAUUGAUGACGACAAUCGAUCUAGCGUUUCUUCUGUCAGUCUUCGUAAAGUAAUUGUCGACAUACCGAUAGAAUGUGAGGAAUCAGUGGCCGAUAAUUCUAUUGUGGAAACAAGCGAUAAUGUAACCACUGUCACUAUAAGGAGCGGUAGAGAAUGUUGCGCUGAUCAUAGGAUAUCAGCUGAAGUUAGUGAAAAUGUUUGGGCAAACGUUCGGUGGGAUUUUCUCAACCCGACAGAUUUUGGCUAUGAUCAGAUACCGAGCGUUAAGAGGAGUCGUUCAGAAUCAGCCAUUACUCCAAUAUGUCAGAGGAAAAAUGAAGACUUAUAUGAAAGGCUUCACGAUCAUGACGUUGAGGCUGAAUCAUGUGGCAGUAUAACACCUUAUGAAUCAAUAGAAGAUUUGUAUGAUUGUAUUAAAAAUGCCCAAUAUAGUAGUGCUGCAGCUGAAGAGUCCUCGCCGUCGACUGAAAGUCAGUCGGAGCCUCAAUAUCCGGACUACUUCGAAAAGGCGAGCACAACCCGACAAAGUUCAGCGAGCAGCGAAAAAAGCGGAGCCUCAUCCGCGUUUCCGUUUUCGAAAUGCGGUUCGAGCGAUACGGACGCGUUUACAUCGUGUGAGUCGACUAGUGGAAUAAGUACUUUUGCUACGAAAAGCAUUCCGGAGUCGCUCAAGUGUCGCGAGUUACCUCCUCCGCCGGCGGACGGAGUGUGCAGUGAGAGCGCUAUCCUCCUCAAGCAAUUAUUCACCGGCGAGCUGAUGGACGCCUACGGGGAAUUCCUGGCGGCGUACCCCUACGCUCGUGCUCUGCUGCGGCGCAAGAUUCGUCGCGACGAGCACUUUGCAGCCCUGGCUGACAUCCGACGAGGCGCUGCCAAGUAUACGAUUAGCGACUACCUCGAAUUACCGAUCGAGCGGUUGGCACAAUAUGAGCGGCUGGUGGGGGGAGGCUGCGCUCGGCGGCGGGCGGCGCGCCUGUCGGACCUGGAGCGCGUCCAGGACCUGUUCCCUCACGACUACCUCGCGCUGCACGACGCAGACGCACCCGCAGCCCUCGCCUCGCAUCAUGCUCAGAAACAGAAAAGUUUGCGCAAGCGGCCGAGUUUGGACAUCAGUGGUACUAUCAGUGCAAGCAGCAGCAACCUGUCUCCACGUACCUUCAUCAUGGAAGCUCCCGUGCAGCUCAGUCCUCUGGGCACCACCUCCCCACCGCUCGACCGUCACUUGUUCCUCUUCAGCGACCUCCUGCUCGUCGGCAAGGCGAGGGGAACCAAUUGCUUCAAGCUCAAGGAAAGCGUUCGACUGGCAGAGCUGUGGAUCUCCUUGCCCGACAGUGACGAUACAGGCUUCAUGAUCGGAUGGCCGACAGUCACUGGUGUUGCCAACUACCUUGCCAUCUACCCCACCCAAGCUGCGAGAGACACCUGGUAUAGGAAAAUCCAAAAUGCUUUAACCGCUCAACUGGCCACUGAACCAAAAUCGACGAACAUCCAGAUCUUCUACAAAGAUGCAACGACAUCGAUAGAAUUUUGUAAGACGGUAUCAGUGAAUCCUGAGAUGAGUGCUCGCUGCGUGGUGCGACAAGCACUGCACGUGCUACAAAGCGGCAGCACGGAGCCCGAGGCUGACGGUGAACACGACGAGCACGAAAGUGACGCGAGGUUCGGAGCCGCCACGGAGUUCACUCUCUGCGUGCGCACGGCGAGAGACGCGCCGCCCACGCCGCUGAGGGGCAUCGAGAGACCACAUGCUGUGCAGAUGUCAAGAAUAAGGCAGACGUUAUCAAAUGAAGACGGGUUUGAUCUAGAACACGUUAACGCUAAGAAUAACCCCUGCGGUCUGGUCUUUGAAUUGCGAAAGAAGAAUCAGGGAUUAAAAAACGGCAACACGACGGGCGGACGCGGCUUGCGGCUGCUACGGCGCGGCACGCGACUGUUUGGCGUGGCGCUGACGCGGUUGUGUGGUGGCGCUCCCCCGCCCGCGCUGUUGCUGGCGCUGCGCCGACUGCGAGCCCUCGCGCCGCUCACCCACGGCGUCUUCCGCAGGAGUGCUAAUGCUAAAGCGCUUAGACUGCUUAGAGAUAAGCUGGACACAUUGGGUCCAUGGGCGGAAAGUUGUCCAGAACUGGAGCGAGCACCAGUGCUGCUACUUGCUGCCCUGGUCAAGGAAUUCUUCCGCGCGUUGCCGCAGCCACUACUCUCUGCAGAUCUGUACCCGGCGUGGCUGCAAGUGCUGACUUUAUCCCAGAACGAAAAGGUAACAGCCGUGCGCUCACUCCUGCUGAAGUUGCCCAAAGCUCACUACACCAUGCUGACCUACUUCAUAUGUCUGCUGCAAGCCAUCGCUAAGAAAUCCAACAUAAAUCUCAUGUGCCCCAUGAAUCUCGGUGUUUGCGUUGGUCCCAGUCUACUCUGGCCCAACACACCUUGUGACAAAGCUCCCAAAGCAGUGCCAAUGGUAGUAGAACUCCUCAUUGUGAAAGCCGAAGCCCUGUUCGGACCACAGAUCGCUGGUCUACUGGGUAAUGGAAGCCCUGAAACCUCGAAUGCUCUACUAGAUUCGGGAGCUGAGGAAAGUGAUAGCCUCCAUUCAGUUGGUAUAUCCUUAGAUUCCAUGGAACUAUCCACACCACGUAAGGAAAAGCUGUCACUAAGCCGAGACUCUGGAUUAACGCUUUCUGAAGAUGAUUCAAACAGCAAUGGAGGAAACAGUCCUGCACCGAGGAAUAUCCUUCACAGUUUAUCGGCCCCCACUUGCAACAUGCAGCAGGAGUCUAAACUUGUCGCGCGAUACAACAUCGACAAUCACAACGUCAGUGGAUUGCCUCAAGUUAGUCAAAGGCAAAACAUAUAUUCGAACAAAGCCGAACUGUAUAGUACCGUCAGUGAUGAGUUAUACACAACGCCAUAUAUAGGAGAAAGAUAUGUACAUAAUUCAAUAAAUAUUGGUAUUUCCAAUGGCAUAGAUGAAAGAAAUUAUGUAUCUAAAACGGCACUGCAGCGAUCAACGGCUGAUAUUUACGACCAGAGCCCAGCAAAAUAUAUCACGGGAUUAGAGCCACAAAAACCACCGAGAAGUAACGUUUCUAAAGCAGCCCGCACUUCAAAGGUCUACAGCAUGUUCGCUGAGACACAAGAAACAAAUAAAAAUAUCAAUAACAAAAACUUCAGCAGAGCCAAGAGCUCCGAUAAUCUUUUAGAAGCAAAACAAGAAAAUAUCGAAAACAAACGCGACCUGGUUUCUAGUCAAGAAAAUAUUGUGUAUAGCAACAUACACGAUCUAGCCAUGUUUACAGAAAAUAUCCAACGACAGAAUCAAUAUCAAACGCAAGCAGAAACAGUUACAAACACGAAUUAUGCCCGAGUUUAUACCGGAUGGGAGAAGAAGAGUGCUAACUAUACCAGCAAAACGAGCAACUGCAUUACAGAGAAUAUCUACCAUGCUCCAACGACAAAGAAACAUGGAGAAACAUCGAAAUCUAAGAAUGAUGGGAAUUUAACACCGGCAGCCACCAUUUUUACACGAAAUGACUGGACUCGUCAAGCAGCUAGAACAAAGAGCUUAGAAGUCAGCGAAGAAGCGCUAGCAAACGCGGAGAAAUUGCGCAACGGCAAUUAUGACAUGACUAAUUGCUGUCGCAAGAGACGGUUUGAUCCUGCACACAUGUGCACCAAGAGCUGCACCGCUCCACCGGCAAACAGAGAACAAGACAAAAAUCAGAAUCCGAAUCCUUUACAAAACUCAUAUUCUUACGUCGACAACAUUCACAAUAACAAUUCAGACGAAAACAAGAAGUCAAGGCUACGUAAUUACAAUACAAACAAAUUAAACCAAUCAAAGUCUCUGGCGAACAUUAUUCUUCACAGUGACUCGAGCAGCAGCGACACGUUAUACCAGCCGCAAAACUCAUUCAACAGCCGAUCGACCGAGUCACCUGCGAGUGAGAAUUCUUUCGAGAAUUGCUACACCACUCAAUACAUAGAUCCUUUAUACACGUCUGUGUACAACCGCAGAAGGGACAUUUACCACGACAUGAAGUCGCCGAACAUGUUUCCCUCUGACAUCUACAAAGCGACGCCUACGGCGGUCCAGCCCGAGUACAACAACUCGGAGUAUGAACACAACAACAAUAAUAAGAAGACUCCUCACAUGCCGCCACCAGUCCCACCAAGAAAAAUGGUUUAUCAGCGAGUGUUGAAGAAGUUCCAGCCAGUGCACGUGAACAAGGACGAUAAGAACUCGCGUUCGAAGUCCGUGCCGCGACUGUACCGGGAGCCUUCUGAGGGCCCGGACGCCAAGGGACAAAACGAUAUGAUAGCUUUAGAGGGCUCCGAGUCAGACACUGAGUCCGAAUCUUACGUUUAGACGCUGCGCAAGCACAAAAUUAAGGAUAAACGAGAAAAUAAAUUAAUGAUAAAUGGAAAUAUAUUUAAAUUAUUCAUAAUGCGUACUAUGUGUCAAAGUAACAAUGAUCUGUGUGGAACAAAUUUGUUAUAAACGUUGAAAUAUUUUAAUCUCGAUGUUAUGAACUACGUUUGAACCAGAAUGUAUACUUACUACAUUUGUAAGACGCUAUAAUUUCAUAUAGAUAAUGUAAGAACUAGGUAUCUUGUGAAUCCCGCCUUGAAAAUUAUAAUAUGUGACCAUAACCAGAGUUGUUUUGGUGAUGUAAUUCCAAAGACGUAAGAAUAGUUUCAACUUUAUGAUAUAAUGUAGAUGGAUGUAUCAAUGGGAUAUAACUUUAAUAAUUUUGUCCUUAAUUAUACAUUAAUGUAGGACGUAUAUAUACCAAUCGCUCGCUAUUAAAUUCUAUUUAACGUUAGAUAUUUGUCAUAGUGUCUUUAAGGAUCGGCUCACAUUGAUAGUAUGAUAAGUGUUCUGCGCGAAGUUAGCUAGCAGGGUGUAAAUCCCUCAUUAGGUGAAUAGCUACAAUUCGUCGAGUGCUAACUAUGUGAGCUGCCCAUUUAGGUCUAUAUAAGUACCUAUGUGACUAGUGCUGCAUCAAACGAUGACUUUGUAUAGUCUUGUAUCAGGAAAUAUUGAAAUAUAUUUUGAUAAUGUAAUUAAUGAAUGCCUGCUGUGUAUAUAAUGUAGAUAAUAUUGUACGUACAUUUAUAAUAAAAUAUAUUAAAUGGUUU